AUUUUAGCAGGCUCCGCCUUCGCAUGAUAAUAGAGUAGAGAGAACCGCUCGAGCAGACAAGGGUCCGAAGAAAGCAUUCAGAAGAAGGCUCCCAAGCAUCAAUGCCCCCCAAGGCCAAGCCAAAAGCCUCGCCAGUGCCGGCGCCGGCGCAACCUGCAAUAGCCGUUGAAGAUCUCUUCACCAACCUCAACCGCCACAUCGAGCGGUCGGAGUUCGACCAGGCCGUCAAAGUCGCAGAUCAAGUUCUUUCAAUUAGCCCCAAUGACGAGGACGCGAUUCGAUGUAAGGUCGUGGCUUUGAUCAAGGCUGAUAGCAUCGAUGAAGCUUUCUCAACCAUCGAGUCCUCUCGAAGGCUUGCGAUUGAUUUCAGUUUCCUCAAGGCAUACUGCUUGUACAGACAAAAUAAACUAAAUGAAGCUUUAGAAUCAUUGAAAGCCCAAGAGGGAAACUCUGCAGCCAUGAUGUUGCAAUCUCAGAUUCUAUUUCGUCUAGGAAAAAUGGAUGCUUCUUUAGAUAUUUAUCAGAAGCUUCAGAAAUCCAAAAUAGAGUCAUUGGAGAUAAAUCUCAUCGCUGGUUUAGUGUCUGCUGGGAGGGCUUCUGAGGUGCAAGGAGUGAUGGAGGCGCUCAGAGUUAAAGCAUCUAGCAGCUUUGAGUUGGCAUACAACACAGCUUGUUCAUUGAUUGAAAGGCACAAUUAUACAGAGGCAGAGCAACUCCUACUGUCAGCUCGAAGAAUUGGUCAGGAGACACUAAUGGAAGAGAAUUGGGCUGAUGAUGACAUAGAGAUCGAAUUGGCUCCCAUAACUGUUCAGUUGGCAUAUGUGCAGCAGUUCCUGGGCCAUGCACAAGAAGCCAUUGAAGCUUACACAGAUUUUAUAAAGAGAAAUCUGGCGGAUGAAUCAUCACUUGCAGUGGCAAUCAAUAACCUUGUAUCAUUGAAGGGUCCAAAGGAUGUCUCUGACAGCCUAAGGAAACUUGAUCGGUUAAUAGAGAAAGAAAGUGGCUCACAGAGCUUCCAACUUGCCCGUGGGCUUGACUUGAAACUUUCACCCAGGCAAAGGGAAGCAAUAUACACAAACCGUGUGCUUCUGCUACUUCACACAAAUAGGAUGGAUCAGGCUCGGGAACUUGUUUCUGCGCUUCGUGACCUGUUUCCUGAAAGUGUGCUGCCAAUACUGUUACAAGCUGCAUUGUUGGUGAGAGAGAACAAGGCUGGAAGAGCUGAAGAAAUACUAGGACAAUUUGCAGAAAAGGUCCCUGAUAAGUCAAAGAUUCUUCUGCUUUCUAGGGCACAGGUUGCUGCUGGUGCAGGCCACCCUCAAGUAGCAGCUGAGUCCCUGGCAAAAAUACCUGACAUUCAACACCUGCCUGCCACUGUUGCCACCCUUGUGUCACUUAAAGAGCGUGCUGGAGAUAUUGAGGGAGCAGUUGCUGUGUUUGAUUCUGCAAUUCACUGCUGGUCAAAUGCCAUGGCUGAAGAUAACAAGCUCAAUGUUAUCAUGCAGGAAGCAGCCUCCUUUAAACUUAAGCAUGGGCGAAAGGAAGAGGCUGCCCAGUUAUAUGAGGAGCUUGUCAAAAGCCACGGCAGUAUUGAAGCUUUGGUCGGGCUAGUUAAGACAGCUGCCCAUUCAGAUAUUGAAAAAGCAGAAGCUUAUGAGAAGCAGUUGAAACCACUACCUGGUCUGAAGGCAGUUGACGUAGAUAGCUUGGAGAAGACUUCUGGUGCAAAGCACAUUGAAAAUGGGCCUCAUGUGGGGGUAACCGAUCCGUUUGAAGUAAAGGUUAAGGAUAAAUCAAAGAAGAAGAGAAAGAGAAAGCCAAGGUACCCAAAAGGUUUUGACCCUGCAAACCCAGGUCCCCCACCGGAUCCAGAACGGUGGCUACCUAAGCGGGAGAGGUCUAGCUACAGGCCAAAGAGAAAGGAUAAGAGAGCGGCUCAGGUGAGGGGUUCUCAAGGUGCUGUGGCAAAAGAGGCUGCCAAUACCAGCACAAAAUCAAACCAAACCUCGUCCAAAGUAGGGACGCAGAAUGCUGGUGCAGAGCAACCCAAGCCCUCUAAGUCAUCCAGAAAGAAAUCAAGAAAUUAAUGGUAGAAUAACCUUUGCUUAUCCAAAAACAGAAGGUAGAAUAACCAGUAAUUUUCUAUAAAGAUUGACUUGCUAUACUUUUUUUCUUUUUGUGUUUGAAAUGAGGGACUAAAAUUUUGGCGGCAUGCCGUUCUAUUGGUGUCAUGCCAUGUUGAGUUCAUUUGAUGCCUUAGGAACCCUGCCA